UGUGUGUGUGUCGUUUCUCCUUCACUCUGCUGGCGGACUGUCUUCAUCCGGACUCUGACUCAAGGAACAUGUCCUCCUCCAGCAGCAGGACUCCUUCUGCUCUUCUUCAGGGUUACUGCCUGACAUGAAGCACUGAAAUCUGAGGACGGAGUGCCCCCUGCCAGACUCCCUCUGCAGCUGCAGGCCAUGGCUGAGCCCAGCUACUCUGACCUGAUCGCCAAGCACUACAACUACACUGGCAAGUUUCGCAAGACGCAGCAGGACUCAGGUCUGAAAGCGGACUCAGUGGUUUUCAUCAUCGUGUGCUGCUUCAUCAUCCUGGAGAACAUCCUGGUCCUGACCACCAUCUGGAGAACCAAGAAGUUCCACAAACCCAUGUAUUACUUUAUUGGGAACCUGGCGCUGUCUGACCUGCUGGCCGGUGUCGUCUACACUGCCAACAUCCUGCUGUCGGGCGCCAACACCUACAAGCUGACACCCACACAGUGGUUCUUCAGGGAAGGUAGCAUGUUUGUGGCGCUGGCGGCAUCUGUCUUCAGUCUGCUGGCCAUUGCUAUUGAGCGCCACCUCACCAUGCUGAAAAUGAAGCUGCACAACAAUGGCAACACCUGCCGCGUCUUCCUGCUCAUCAGCACCGUGUGGAUGAUCGCGGCAGUGCUGGGCGGACUGCCGGUGAUGGGCUGGAACUGCAUCCAGAGCAUGACGCACUGCUCCACAGUGCUGCCGCUCUACCACAAGACCUACAUCCUGUUCUGCACCACUGUCUUCAGCAUCAUUCUUAUGGCCAUUGUGGUGCUCUAUGCUCGGAUCUACGCUCUGGUGCGUACUCGAAGCCGCAAACUUGUCUUUCGCAAAGUGUCCAACGGUCGUGGCAAUGCUGGUGCCAAUAGCAAGAGCUCAGAGAAGUCAAUGGCGCUGCUGAAGACUGUCAUCAUUGUCCUGAGCUGCUUCAUUGCCUGCUGGGCACCACUCUUCAUUCUCCUGCUUCUAGACGUGGCAUGUGAGACGCUGAGCUGCCCCAUCCUCUACAAGGCCGAGUGGUUUCUGGCACUUGCGGUCCUCAACUCUGCAAUGAACCCGCUUAUCUACACGCUGACCAGUAACGAGAUGCGGCGCGCAUUCCUCAAGACGUUGCUUUGCUGCACUGCCUGUAUCCGGCCAAAGGUCAAGUUUACAGGGCCGAUCAUGGGGGCAGAAUUCAGCCGCAGCAAAUCGGAUAACUCCUCCCACCCCAACAAGGAGGAGACGGAGUACUCACCACGGGAGACAACGGUAGUGUCCUCAGGGAACAUCACAUCGUCAUCGUAAACAUUCAAAUGUCUGGCCAUAAAUGAGCGGAGGAGAGGGUGAUGUACAGAGUCAGAUGGAGAGUUUGUGUUUGUACAGGAAACACGUGAACAGUGCCAUGUAGUGUUGUCACGAACCCUCUGCGGCUCAGAACUCACAGCACUUAUGGAGACUUUUAAGCUGGUGAAACUGGGAUCAGUGAACCUUGAGAUAGAGGAGGUCCGACUCUAUAUGUAGCUCACAACCUUCAGUCAGAACCAUCACGUCACCCGCAGGAGGAUCGGCUGCUUUAACUGCUGGAUCUAUGGAUGGUUUCUGCUCCCACAUAAGCUCAGGUUUAACUCAGCUCGUCUGCUUAAAAAUGACCAUCAAGGUCCUGCUUCAUUCAGGACCUGGCAAGACCAGAAAGCGGUUUGCAGAUUUCAUCCAAACAUCCUCAUGAUACAGAACUCAGCCUUGAAAAAUACACUUUAUCAGACACUUAAAGCAUCCUGAAGGUUUAUAGACACUGUAGUAGUGAAUUAUUGAUGUGUCUUAUUUCAUCGUGAAGGUUGAUAUUACUGAAUGGCAGUUAUGAGCGUCAUAGAAAGUGUUGUUGAUCCUCAUAGAAGAGUCUGACUAGAUACUCACCCUCUAAGAACCACUAGAACCUGUAGCGCUUAGACACACAGCUGUCAAAUAUUUAAGAAAUACAAAUAAAGUAAUGGAGAUUCCUUUCCUCUUCCCUUUCCUGAAAACCUUCACAUAAGGAAAUCCCCAUGUGAAUUUAGAGCUCAGCUGCUUUUCACACACACA